UGCAACAUUUAUUCGGGACACGUACCUGACAGCGGACUGUCCUGAAGCCCGUAGGAAUCUCGCGCUCUUUUAGAGUGUGAGAGGGUAGCGCGCGCGGCACGGACCGCAGUGGAUUAUAGAGGGGAUUCCCGGCGCGCUAGUACUAAACGCGGGGCAAGAGCUGCCAAUCAUUCUACAACGCCCCAAGAAAACACCUGAGUAGGUGGAGCAUGGCCAGUGGGAGUGGCUGGUGUUACUAUGCCUGAAGGCACGUUGCAAUGGUGUCCAUGGAGACAGAUGGCAGCUUUACUGAGGGUCAUGGUCUGUCCCUCUUACAGGCAGAAGAUAGCGUAGGGGCUGGACUCACACAGCAGGAGGGGACAUGGCUUGGUUUCCGCGUUACAGUGAGUGCUGUACUGCUGUUGGAGCUCCUAUUGGGAGUGGGCGGCAACCUGACAGUGUUGAUAUUAUACUGUGGUCACUGCAGCCUGUUGGAGUCCGUCAGUCAUGCGGUCACACUCAGUCUGCACACUCUUGACCUGCUACUCUGUCUCCUUUGCCUGCCAAUCACUGCCACUCUCCUCAUAUUGGGCGGAGCCUCUGUUCCUCACCAUGCCCUGCUCUGCUGCCUUCAUGAAUCAGCAGCCAGCUUUGCAAGCGUGGGAACUGCACUCAACCUGUUGCUUAUCAGCUUAGACCGCUAUGACAUCAGUGUCCGGCCAGCUAAUCGUUUGCUGACACCUCGAAGGGCAACCAUUUUACUUGUCGGCGUGUGGGUGGUUUCUUUAGCUGUGCCAAUCCUACCAUUUGUGGAGGCAGGGUUUUUUUUGGGUCAAGGUGAGGGAAUGUUCGUGCACUCCAAUAUCACUGUGUUUUGUUCGGAGUGGGGAGGAACUCUACAGGCCCAUCUCUUAUUACAAGUACCAGUAUUCCUGUGCUCUCUAGCUGUGAUGCUGUUUACAUACUCCCGUAUUCUUCAGGCACUGCGCAUUCGUAUUGGACGCACACCAAGGCCCCAUCGAGACAACAAGCGGCCUGCCCAUCGCCUCUGGUUACGUCGCAAAUGGUCAACAAGAUCGCCUGAUCACACAACGAGAAACACACCCAUCUCCCCCCCACCACUCUCUACUGAACCGCUUAUCACCUCAGAUACGGUUACUACGGUAACCAUCAACACUGAGACAAACACCACCCCACUUAGCCCCACGCCUACAGUCUCUGUGAUAACCACACCUUUGAGUCCCACAGAAUCUAUGUCUAUUCUAACUAGUCCCCACAUCCCUACUCCUGCCACACCAUCAGUGUGCGUGAAAACAACUUUGAGUCCCAUGCCCACUGUGUCGACUGUAACCACACAAGUGAGUCCUGCCAUAGUCCAUGGUCCACCUAGUAUGGGUGUGGGUGCCUCGGUAUCAGCCAUCUUGGCUCUACGUCGAGCAGUUCGCCGCCAUAGAGAUCGGAGAGAACGCCAAAGACGUGUUUUUCGAAUGUCCGUUAUAAUCAUCCUCUCUUUUCUUGUAUGCUGGGCACCUCUCUCCAUCAUGCCCCUUCUCAUGCUGGCAAUCGGGCCCUCUGAUUGGCUAGAACGCCUGAGACUCUGCUUCCUGGUCCUUGCUUAUUGGACUGUUGUACUACAUCCAUUGCUAUAUGCUUUCACUCGGCAAAAAUUGCGCAAAGUUCUGCAUACUCGCCUGCGUAGAUUUCGUCCGCAGAGCACACAGACUUGUAUUCGUACUAACACCAGGAUCCGCCGCAAGCUCAGGACGGAUUGCAGUGAUGCUACUGACCACUGCCUGACAGAGGCUGUUAGAGAGUGAUGUCGAGGUCUUGCGUGUCUGUGACUAAUGGCUGUAGGUAAGAGUGCUAAAACGUGUGCAGGAAACAGGGGCGUAGCAAAGAACAUGUUCCCACCCACACACUUUUAAAACUUUUUAAGUUUGUCUACUCAAGUUUUUAAAAAUAAUUAUAACAUUAUAAAAGUUUUAGUUUUCCUGCAAAGAAAAAAAUUGUUGGCAGCCACACAAAAUAACGACUUUAAAAUCAAACAGAAACCGUCAACAUGUUAAAUCACCAGUAAACCUAUAUGCAACUAAUGGGUAACGUCAUAAACGUUACUUCACCUGAUUUAUUUUCAUGAGUCAAGUUGAUAAGAUUUAUAAUGAGCUUGUUUACAUGCACAAUUGUACACUGAUUAUGCUUAAUCUGCCGACCAUGUGUUUGGUCAUGAAAAUGCCUGAAACGAUUGUCUUUUAUUGGGUAAGUUCAUAAAUGCUUUAAGAAAUAAUGACACAGGUAGAUUUUUGACCAUAUCUCUGAUUUUGCAUUGUCACAUUUUUUAAAUAAGUUGAUUUUUGACAGUAAUCAGCAUACUGGUGUGUACAAUGUAACACCCCCCAUUUUCCUAUUGUUCCUACGCUCUUGACAGGAAACCAAUAAUGUGUUACAUGUGUUAGAUGAAAUGUGUGACAUGCUCCCAUCAAUAGAGGAAAUUAAAAGACAUCAGUAGGUCUCCAUUGUCCACGAGUGUGUUGUGUCAUUGACAAAUAAUCAGCACAGGGUUUCUAAAGGACACUGAACUCUGUGGUCAGCAUGGCACUGUUUAAUUAAUCUGUAGAGCACAAAUAUUCCCAUGGUGCUAGGAAAAGAUAGAGAGACUGAGAGAGUGUAACUACAUAUGUGAGUUUGCAAGAGGUCAUGUGCAAUAAAUUCAAAAUCCAGGUAAUGCAUUGCAUGAUUUCCAUAUAAAUUAAUACAAAUUUAUUGGCAUUCGUUGUGUGGUGUAAAACGUAGCACUCUGU